AUGGCUCCUGGGCUGGAGGUCCGGGUGGUGGAGAAGAGUCAACCGCUGGGGAAGGUGCAUGUUCAGGUGAAUUCUCAAAUAAAUACGCCCCCCCUUCCCCCCAGUGGCCAUCUCCCCUGGUUGGCCCGUGGCAUCCAUCGCUCACACCCCUUCGGACCAGUUCCGGCAGACCCGCUCUCUCACUCCCCGUCUCUGCAUCCUUGGAUCCCCUCUUCUCCACCCGUCCCUCCCCCAGUGGCCAUCUCCCCUGGCUGGCCUGUGGCAUCCAUCACUCACACCCCUGCAGGCCAGUUCCUCAUCUCCUCCUCCAAGAAGGUUCCAACGAUUAUCAAUAGCUCCUCCUCUCCGUGCCUCCUGUCCGUGCCUCCUUUCCGUGCCUUCUCUCCGUGCCUCCUUUCCGUGCCUUCUCUCCGUGCCUCCUCUCCGUGCCUUCUCUCCGUGCCCUCUCCCUGCCUCGCCCCUCCGUCCCCGCUUCCCCCAGUGACCAUUUCCCCCGGUUGGCCCGUAGCAUCCAUCGCUCGCACCUCUUCAGGCCAGUUCCUCGUCACCUCCUCCAAGAAGGCUCCAACAACACGCAUCAACAGUUCCUCCUCCUCUCCCUCCUCCUCUCCCUCCUCCUCUCCCUCCUCCUCUCCCUCCUCCUCUCCCUCCUCCUCUCCCUCCUCCUCCACCUCUCCCCUCUCCCUCGUGGCCGAUUUUGUUCUUAUCGCCACCGGCAUCCCAUGGCAUCAUUCCUCCUCACCCCUUCCCAACCGUCCUCACCCCUCAUAUCCCCUUCUCAUCCCUCCCCACCGCUCUCUGCUCCCCCAGGGUCACGACAUGGCAGCAUCCCUUGGUCACUCCAUCAUCCCUCCCUGCCCCUCCCUCUUCACUUUCAACAUCCCUGACGCUGCUCUCACUGCUCUUGCAGGGGUGACAACCUUAGUGGCUGACUUUACCCCUCAUCUCUCCGCUGCUGCUCUCCUCUCCGCACUAACUGCUGCCAAAUCAUCACUUCAGAAAAAACAAAUCGGCACCACUGCCCCGGUGGAGCUGAACCUUCCCAGAAGGUUCUGGUGCUACCUGCUUGAUCGUGUUGCUAUCCAUCCAGAUACCCUCUGGGCACACGUGUCAAAAGCCCAUUUGCUCGCCCUUGCUGACAUCAUCCACAAAGCUGAGCUAGCAGUUGCAGGGAAGGGUCGAUUCAAGGACGAGUUUGUGACUGCAGGUGGUGUUCCUCUAAAAGAGGUCAAUCUCGCAACAAUGGAGAGCCGUCUCGUUCCCAACCUCUUCUUUGCUGGAGAGAUACUGAACGUGGAUGGAAUCACAGGAGGCUUCAAUUUCCAGAAUGCGUGGACUGGAGGCUACAUUGCAGGAACUGCCAUGGCAACUGCAGCCAACCAAUUACACGCACCUUACAACUAG